AUGGGAAGAGCGCCGUGUUGCGAGAAGGUCGGGAUAAAGAGAGGGCGGUGGACGGCUGAGGAAGACCAGAUUCUCUCCAGCUACGUUCAGUCCAACGGUGAAGGCUCUUGGAGAUCACUCCCCAAAAAUGCCGGAUUAAAAAGGUGUGGAAAGAGCUGCAGAUUGAGAUGGAUAAAUUAUCUUAGAACAGAUCUCAAGCGUGGGAACAUAACUCCAGAAGAAGAAGAACUCGUUGUUAAAUUGCACUCCACUUUGGGAAACAGGUGGUCAUUAAUUGCGAGUCAUCUACCAGGGAGAACAGACAACGAAAUAAAAAAUUAUUGGAAUUCUCAUCUCCGCCGUAAACUCCACAACUUCAUCAUCAGAAAGCCAUCCAUCUCUCACGACGUCCCUGCUGUAAUCAUGAACGCUCCUCCAGCGUCACCGCACCAGCUUACAAAACGCAGACCAGGGAGAACCAGCAGAUCCGCCAUGAAACCUGAAACACAUAACCAAAAAAUACGAAAGACUAAUAAAAGUAUGUCUGCGCCGUCGGAGGCAGAAGCUGACAUAGUGGUUAAAGGGGUGGCAGGAGAAGAAGCAUUAAUGAUGGAGUUAAAUGGAGCCGAGGCUGAGCUAGGACCAUGCAACUACGAUGGAGCCUGUCAUGAAGGAGUAGAUUGUCGCAAUAAUAAUAAUAGCAGCAUUGAUGGCGAUAAAGGAGUUUCAUCUUUUGAUGAAGACAUCAUUAAUCUUUUGUUGGACGAAUCAGAUCCAAGCCACAUGUUCACAUCGUGUGGUGGUGAUGAGAGGUUGAAUCAUCUAGGAGACUCUGAACAAGCCAAAGGGUCUAAGGAGAUUUUGAACCAAGAGAAUCUCGACUGCCUUCAGUCUUGUCCGUCGAUGGAGUCGUUUCUCAACUAUGAGCAUCAAGUCAACAAUGUUUUCACUGCUGAGUUUAUUGACUGGGGCUGUAUUUGGCAAGAACGGACUAGCAAUAACAUUUGCGAUGAGAAAGAGGGUUCUGAUUCAAUGGUGUCAUGGCUUUUGGACGGUGAUGAUGAGGCCACAAUCGGGAAAGGUAAUUGCGAAAACUCUGGAGAACCAUUGGAUCAUGACGAGGAAAAUGCGUUGGUCGCCUGGCUUCUGUCUUGA